UCACUUUUGCUGAAAAAUAGUGCACCACCAUUCCUUACAGCUCAUCUCACAAUUGACUCUACCUCCAUAACCUCCUAUUUCUAAUAGGACAGCUUGGUGUAGCAAAAGAUUGCAUUGAGAAAUACCAGAAACAGCUUUUCUGUACAAGGAGAACCGCCCUCCUCCUCCCUAACAACUCUCAUUCAUGAUAAAAUCCCUUCUUUUUCCUUCCUCCGCCUCCUCACUCCCCCCCCUACCCCCUCUUGAAAUUUGCAAGUUCACUUUUUUAUUUUAUCGUCAUGCUUCUGUUUGUCUAAACAUACAGACAGGUGGGCCUUUUGCGUUCUUCAUGAUGUUUUUCUGACGGUGUAAGAUCAAUAAUAGAGGAGCGAGAUGAAGGAGAAUGGCGUUUGCACGGGUUAGGGGAAACAAAUUUCUGAAAUCCAUUUAUUUCUUCAUUAAAGGGCGCUUCCAAUGAGUCCCAAGGUGAAGAGUUUGUUCAAGGGAUUAAAAUAUAUCUCUCAGAUCUUUGUUUACAAGGAACAGGAGAUGGAGAUAGGGCACCCUACAGAUGUGAGGCAUAUUGCACACAUUGGCUUUGCCAGCGAUUCUAUACAUGCACCCAGCUGGAUGAGUCAGUUCAAAUCUGCAUCAGAUAUUACCCCUGCAUCGCUGAAUGGUUUCACUUCAGCUUCUUUGAAUGAUUUUGAUUAUAAGCAACCCAGAAGAUGGCAAUCUGUUUCAUCAUCUACAAACUCCAUAGACGGCUUACGGCCUGAUCUUCCCAAACCUUCAAAGAAGAAGAAAAGAAAGAAGGUUAUUGCUUCUUCCUCGGUGACUUCAAUAUGUUCUUCGAGCUCCUCCUUCUCCGCCGCCUCCAAAGAACUCGUUGAAACACCAAAACAUCUUCCGGUUGCUUGCGAAGAAGUUAUACCUGAAAUGCCAAAUCAACUCCAAGCUGUCAUCAGCGAACCUGUGUGUGUCUGAAAUAAAACGCAUUGCUGUCAUUUUUGAAGAUGAACUAAUGGAUGCUUAUGAGAAAGGAUGGAAGAGUAAGAUAAACUUGAGAUACUUCUAUAUAUCUUAGAAAAGAUAUUAUGUAUUAUAUGAUCUUUUCUCUCUUUUGUGCAAUUUAGAAGUAACAAAUAUAUGUGAUUAGGAGUACUGAAAUGAACAAGAGAAGGAAUUCUCCCACAUCAAAUAACUCAAGAUAUAUGUAGAAUUUGGAGAUCUUGUUGUCCCUUGUUUUGUUCCAAUGCAUGUUGGGUAGUGGAUUUGGCUUGUAACUGAUGGAUGUAUCCUGAAAUUUAUGAGCU